AUGUCCCAGCCAGAUAUCCAGUGCCUCCACAAUCGCCGCGUCCAAAUGCUAACCCAUCCUUGUUUCACACUCGAACAGUUCAUCAAGGACAUUCGGUUGGUUCAGUGUGUUCCUCCGUCGUCUCCGCAACCAUUUGGUUGGCCCCAUCGACCAGAAGGUGAAGAAUGCGUACUUCACACACAAUCUGGCUCUCACCGGGAUGUGAUGGACAGUCAGGAUGUCAACCCCACAGAUGUUGACACCUCCAUCGAAGACAUUUGGAUUGGUGCCACCAACGAUAUUCUGCCUGGUUCCCAGCCCAAGUAUCAGUCUAAUGAGGUGGAAGAAUUGGAGGCUGCUAAUGCAAGUGCCGAGACCCUCAUCAACAUUGACCCUGCCAGUCGGUUUAAGUGCCUCGACAUAUUAUACAUUGAGCUUGGCUACAAAGCAGGAGUUCCUGAGCAUAAUUCCCUCCAGAAACGCUUUCUCGCAGUACUCCAACGCAUUGACACAGAAGGAUGGGAUGUCAUGUCCCCCGAGCUCGAAGAUGUGGGCGCUUUUAUGCACAAUUUGCACAAGCGCGUUACCUUGCUGUCAGAGGCUGUACAGCUAUGUGCACCGGGGAUUGGUCACAAUGGCCUAUUGCAGCAGUGUAAGAAAUUGCUCUGUUUGACAAGACGACGGCUUGCUGCAGAAAGAGAACUCAUCACUCUUAUAGAACGGAGUGGUACUGAAGCCUAUGAUGAAAUUAUUCUAGCAGGUUUACUUAGCUGGAAAAUGCCAUCUGAAUGA